AUAUGUCCAGUGAAAUUUUUAGUUUUUAUAAGGACAAGACGGUUUUUUUAACAGGAGGCACAGGAUAGCUGGGAAAAGGUGCGCAGUGAACUAAAAAUAAACUAGGAAAGAAUAUUAUUUCGGUUCUGGCCGGUAAAAUGUCAGCGAUCAUAGAAAAGCUGUUGCGGUCGACAGAUGUGAAACGUAUACAUAUCCUGGUGAGACCCAAGCGCGGUGAAAAUGUGAUAGGACGGUUUGAGGCAUGGAAGAAAGACCAGGUCUUUGAAGUUCUGCUCAAGGACAAGCCGCACGCACUGGAGCAAGUGACUCCAAUUUGUGGGGACUGCUGUGCUCCGGACAUGGCCAUCAGCGAGGCGGACCGAAGGAUAUUGAUAACGGAAGUGCAGGUGGUUAUGCAUGGAGCCGCUUCGGUUAGAUUCAUAAAGCCACUGCAGCAGGCGUUGAACAUCAACACGAGGGCGGUUCGCCUUAUGGUUCAGCUGGCCAAGGAAAUGCGGCGCCUCGAGGCCUUCGUCCACGUCUCGACGGCAUUCUCCAACUGUGUGGUAUACCAAAUCCAAGAGCGUUUCUACCCGGAGAACCUCACCUGUCCCGUUGAUAAGGUCCUCGACCUGAGUGAUUCCCUCGGUGGGGAGAUGGUAGAGAAGAUUGCACCGGCCUUACUCGGAAAAUUUCCAAACACAUACACCUAUACCAAGGCCCUGGGGGAACAGGUGAUUCAGGAGGAGGCCAAGGACCUGCCAGCCGGCAUUUUCCGACCAGCCAUUAAUAUUAUAAAACAGGUAGCCAUUAAGGACUUUGAUCACUUUAUCAAUCAUCGCAACACGUUCGCCACCAGCAGCGACGAUGAUCCGCAUGACAUGAGCAACCUUUUUGGUAGCUCCUUGUUCUCAAUGCGGGAUGCCCGGUGGAAGGACAUGCGGAGCACUCAGAGUCCAGUCUUUACAGGCAGCAAAAUGCGUCAAAUGUUCCAGCUGAUGAACCAGAUGGCCAAGAAGGCCGUGUCCUGCCUUAAACAGGAUGAGUCAUCUGUCCAGGAAACGGAACUGGACAUUAUGGACUACUGCACACGAUUCACCAAUGAUGUAAUCGCCUCCACAGCCUUCGGGCUGCAGGUGAAUUCGAUUAAGUUCAUGUUGUUCUGCCAGAAAGUAGAGAUUAAGAAAGAGGAUGUCCUCUGGCUGCCCACGUGUGGUUUCCAUCGUGAUCCUAAGUACUUUGAGAACCCCAAGAAGUUUGAUCCGGGACGUUUCAGUGAGGAAAACAAGGAUACAAUUCAACCUAACACAUACUUUCCCUUCGGUUUGGGUCCACGAAACUGCAUUGCUUCCCGUUUCGCUCUUCUUGAAGCUAAGGCCGUCAUCUAUUAUCUUCUGAAGGAAUUUCGUUUUGCCCCAGCCAAGAAAUCCUGCAUUCCAAUGGAGCUGACCAGUUCAGGGUUUCAGUUGUCGUCCAAAAAUGGAUUUUGGAUCAAACUGAUUCAGAGAAACUAUUCUUCUACAAAUUGAAUAAUCAAUUUUGUU